CCAAAGCGAGAGCGCACUCGGAACGAUGGCCGCAGCAGCCCCGGAGCCCGUUGACCGCGACGAGCACGAGAGCGCCGCUUGACACGGAGCUUUUGCCGCUGCGAUACAGCGCCUUUCAACCUAUACCCGACGACGUUUCAUGUGGUCGCCGGGGAGCCUUUCGCCGCCGACUCCAUUGGGGCGCGAAGGAGCCGCGGAGCUCGCAGCUCGCGACGGCCCGCGUCUGUCGGCGCCGCACCGAGCAAGGCGGGGCGGGGGUGCGACAGCAUCCCUCCGUAUUCUGCCGCCCUCGCACCGUCGUAGGCCAAAGCUCCCGGGACGGAGGCUCGUCGCGGCCGCCCCGAGGCGCCCCUCUGUCGGAGGAUGUCGCGGGAGUAGCACGUCUCCGAGCGGAAGAUGGGGAAGGACCAGGAGCUGCUGCAGGCGGUGAAGACCGAGGACCUGCUCGCCGUGCAGAAGCUGCUGCAAAGGCCCCGGCCGGGCAAAGCAAAGUUGCUGGGAUCUGCAAAGAAAGUGAAUGUCAACUUCCAGGAUACAGAUGGAUUUUCCCCUCUGCAUCACGCAGCCCUCAAUGGGAAUAUGGAGCUUAUCACUCUGUUGCUGGAGUCACAGGCAGCUGUUGACAUCAGAGACCAGAAAGGAAUGCGGCCACUGCACUACGCAGCCUGGCAGGGGAAGGCCGAGCCUAUGAAGACGCUCCUGAAAUCGGGUUCGUCUGUCAAUAUCCAAUCGGACGAAGGACAGAUUCCUCUCCAUCUGUCAGCGCAGCACGGCCAUUACGAUGUGUCUGAAAUGCUGCUGCAGCACCAGUCCAACCCGUGCAUUGUGGAUAAUGCAGGCAAAACACCUUUGGACCUAGCCUGUGAAUUCGGCAGAGUCGGGGUUGUCCAAUUAUUGCUGUCAAGUAACAUGUGUGCUGCUCUGCUGGAACCUAAGAAAGGAGAUACCACGGAUCCCAAUGGGACAUCUCCUCUACACUUGGCUGCCAAGAAUGGACACAUCGACAUCAUCAGACUGUUGAUCCAGUCGGGAAUAGACAUUAACCGACAGACCAAAGCCGGGACUGCCCUGCACGAGGCCGCCCUGUGCGGCAAGACUGAGGCAGUGAGACUCCUGCUGGAAAGUGGUAUCAACGCCACAGUGAGAAACACCUACAGCCAGACUGCGCUGGACAUUGUGUAUCAGUUCACUGCAACUCAAGCAAGCAAAGAGAUCAAGCAGCUACUACGCGAUGCGUCAGCUGCUCUUCAGGUUCGGGCUUUGAAAGAUUACUGCAACAAUUAUGACUUAACCAGCCUCAACAUCAAAGCAGGGGAUGUCAUUACGGUGUUGGAGCAGCACCCUGAUGGACGGUGGAAAGGUUGUAUCCAUGACAACCGAACAGGAAAUGAUAGGGUGGGCUACUUCCCCUCCACCAUGGUGGAGGUCAUCAGCAAACGAACAGGUUUGGCCAGCACAGUCAUUUGCACUCAACAGUUUCAAAAGAUACCGCUGGUCGCCCCGGCGAUGGUUGCCCCUGCCAACGUGGUAGUCAACGGCAACGACACCACGUUCCAUCAGAUCCAUAUCCUGCCUCCACCGCCUCCUCCUCCACCACAUUCCCAUCAGCCACUGCUUCCACUUUUCACUUCCUUUGGCUAUAACAGGUCGCCCGUGACAACCCCACAGGGAGACACCCCCACUGCCCCAGGUUGUCGUGGCUCAGAGGCAAGUCCUCACAGCUCCCCCACAACGUCCUGCGGGCCCCACGGAGGCUCCAAUGAAGAGAUCUGGGUACUGCGCAAGCCUGCGGCAGGUGGAGACCGCAGCAGUUUAGGGAGUUCUGGCAGUGCGACCAGUGUGAGGUCAUCAGGCAGUGGUCAGAGUGCUGGAAGUGCUGCACACAUCCUCCAUGCACAGGCCGAAGGGGUGAAGCUACUAGCCACAGUCUUGUCUCAAUCUGCCAAAGCCAAGGAACAUCUGCUGGAGCAGUCCAAGUCUGUGGACCAGCCUGCAGUAGGUUCUGCCAGUUCUUCUCGGACAUCGAGCCUAUCGGGCUGCCCUCUCCAUGAAGCGCCGCCUUAUGAUGCCGCGGCGAACAGGAAGGGGGAGGCGACAGGCGAGGGGAAGAGCUCAGAAGCAGUUGUCCAAUGGCUGAGUGACUUUCAGCUGCAGGUCUACGCUCCCAACUUCCUGGGUGCCGGGUAUGACUUGCCCGCAAUUAGCCGAAUGACCCCCGAGGAUCUGACAGCCAUCGGAAUAACUAAACCAGGUCACAGAAAGAAGAUGACAACCGAGAUUAAUAAACUGAGUGUCACUGAGUGGCUGCCUGGGCACAAACCUGCCAGUCUUGGAGAGUGGUUGUGUGCUAUUGGUCUAAGUCAGUACCACCAAGUAUUAGUGCAGAAUGGUUACGAAAACAUCGACUUCAUCACGGACGUCACUUGGGAGGACCUACAGGAAAUUGGUAUUACCAAACUGGGCCAUCAGAAGAAGCUGAUGUUGGCAGUGAAGCGACUGGCUGAAAUGCAGCGCAACUCGGAUGGGCGGGGCUCCCUCAGAAAGAAGCCUGCACCCAUCACUCAGCAGCAGGAAGUGAUGUCGAUGGAAAGCCCUCCCCCGGAUGAUGUGAUGUCUCCAAAAAUGAGCACCUUCCAGGACAGCGAGUUGAGUAGCGAGCUGCAAAAUGCCAUGACCCAUUCAGCUCAGGAGGUCCAAUCUCAGCCAACGCGUAGUCUCAACAAGGAUCCCGAUGAUGUGAACUCUGGAGGAGGAGGACCACCUAAGAAGGAGGCAAGGACAAUGAGGCAGCAGAGCAGCCAGGGAGGCACCUCCUCCCACAGGAGCAGCGUGUCUUCUCAAGGCAAACACCGUCACUCCCACUCCCAGCCCGCACCUCCCUACACACCACCUCACACUCCAACCAAGACCAGGACCUCAUCAUCUUCUUCCACCUCCUCCGUCCAGAGUACAUCUUCUCCCCAGUCCAAACACAGAGUGUCCCCCCAGUUCAUCCAAGGUGAAAGACCUGUGUCACCACACUCGCACACCCCUCAGUCUCCAAAAUAUUGUGGAGCUCCAGUCCAGUCCCCGCAGCAGAAUCAAAUACACCAGAACCACCCGCAUGAGAUCGGGGAUCGCGCGCAAGCACAGGUCCUACUCCUCCGCCUCCCGCCACAGGGUGAGCUUGCAGACGGCGAUGCAGCAGACCCCUCAAAACUGCAAAAGAAGCGAGCCAACAGUCUCAACCGGCAUGCUGCUUCAGAUGGCGAGUGUGAUGAGAGGACGGGGGGAGGAAGAGGACGGGGUGGGGAAGAUCAGAUCACCUCAGAGCAAGGCUCAAACGUUCGAGCAGACGGUGGCAAAUACGCCACGGUAACCCACCGUGUCAGCCGCAGCCACUCUGUGCGCUACCAGGACAAAACCGUUACUCGCAACCAGCCGCAGUCCAUCGCUCUGCGCCAAAAGAAAAAAGGGCCACCCCCACCGCCCCCCAAACGCUCGAGCUCGGCAAUAUCCGCCUCUAACUCUAACCUGACUGAAGGCAACACACCGCUCCAAGUGCUGACGACCACUGAUGGGAUGCUGGAUGUGCCUUACCGCCAACAACGACGGGCCAGCGACUUGGGAGUGUCUGUUGAAACAGGAGCUGUCGAAACAAACAGCAUGGGAAGUGUGAGGAGCAUCGCUGCCAUGCUGGAAAUGUCGUCUAUCGGGGGUGGAGCCAAAGGGAUGGCACUGCAGAAGAACUUCCUGCAGGCAGGGAAAACACGCGAAACCAUCGGACUGGACGGUGAAGUCGUGAACCGGCGACGGACCAUUAGUGGGCCGGUCACUGAGCUGGUGGCAGCUGCAAGGCGCCAGCAGCCAACACUUUCUGUCGUUUCCCAGCCUGAAUCCUCCCUGCUCCCUGUAACUUCGUCCUCCCCCAAUCCAAGCCCCGGAGGAAGCGGCAGUUCCUCUGAAAACCUGCCGUUUGCAGAGGAGGGAAGCCUGACUAUCCGCCGACAAGCUCGAGGAGAAGGACAGUGUGUAUUUUGUGUCUGUCUGCAGAGUGACGGCGAGGGACCCCAGGGAGAUGGCGGAUACACCGAGGAAGACGUCUCCCGGGUGGAAGCCACUGCGACCUUAAAGCGACGGCCCCGCAGCUCCAAGACUCACCCGAACGGAUCGGGCUUCACCCUCCAGGAGUCGUCCACCGUCAAACGGAGGCCCAAGAGUCGCGACAAGGAGCCGGAGGGCUUCGCAGACCUCGCAGGUCCGAACGGAGAACCCACGGGUAACGGACGGCCAAACACCACACGGCCGCUACCUUACCAGAACGGCACAGCCACGGCGAAACGCCGCCCGGUGUCUGACGCCGGCGCGACGGAGCAGCCACAAGCGCCAUCCCAAGUGACUGCUGCUCCUCGAAGGGACAGUUUGGACAAAGGAGUUCUAGUGGGAAGUGAAGAAGCUCCAGUGAAAAAACCAAAGCCGCCAGUCUCCCCGAAGCCAGCUGUGGCACAGAUCAAGAGACAUGGAGGCCCGCAGACGGCCUCAAACAAGAGAGUCCCUUUGCCGGGACCGGGGACGCCUGGCAGUCCAGCGGAAGGAAAAAAGAUUCCUCCUCCUGUCUCGCCAAAACCUGCCCCCCCGCCCACGGCACCGAAGCCAGCCAAGCCGAUCCCCUCCGCGACCGGCCCCCCUUCCCCGACUCCGGCAAAGCCGCACCCUGCGGCGGCCCGGCGGACCGGCUCGCCGCCCUCGCCGCCCGGCUCCGAGACCCCCAGUCCGCCGAACGUGAAGUUACCGAGCCCGUCGGCGCAAAGUCCGCACACCCCGCAGACGCCCACCGCGCCGCAGACUCCUCAGACCCCCGCCACUCCCAGCCCGCCAGUCAAGCCUCCUCGCUCCUCCAUCGGGGGCGUAUCUGUGGACAGCGGGAUGACGGCGGUCGGGACGAAUACGCCGAUCUCCUCGACGACAGACUUCGGUGCGGAUUCUUCGGUGCGUCAGAAGUUGGAUGAGACGAGCGCGUCGCUGGCUGCCGCCCUGCAGGCCGUGGAGGACAAAAUACUGCGGCAGGAGGAUUCCGUGACAGAGCAGAAGACCACCGUGAGCAUCCUCGACGACAUCGGCAGCAUGUUCGACGACCUGGCCGACCAGUUGGACGCCAUGUUGGAGUAGCCGCUCGGCACGUCACCGUGGCGACGCUGCACCCGAAGUGACUCAGAUGGCACAACGGGCAAUUCGGCUCUCCGUCUCUUUCUAGUCAUCCUUCGCUCAUUGACUUCGCACUUUUCCUGCCUUGGGCGCUUUCUGUCUGUCCGGCGCUGCUCGAGGAAACCUCUUAUCCUCUUCUACAGGCAGAGCGUUGACAACAAAGAGCGGGACGAGAAAGAGGAGGAGGAAGAAGAGCAACGAAGAGACGGAGCCUGCAAUCCAAACAGACACGUGAACAACAAAAACGAAGCUAAUAGCAACAGUGUGACGGACCAUUGUAUGGUAUGUGUACAUUCUAAGCGCGGAGAGUUUAUAUCGACGGAAAAAAGUCCCGCAUGAGCACAGUAAUAUAUAAUCAUCGACAGAAAAUGAUGAAUCUCUCGCUCUUUGGAUCGACGUCAUCGGCUCUGUGUGGAAUUCUGACCUCUGGUGUUUUGACCGUGUAAAAUGUAAACUAAUCUGUGACCAAAACCGGAUCAUUCAGCUCCUGAAGUGUGUGUCCGUGUGUGUGUGAGAUGGGUGAAAAGGCGACAGGGCGACAGAGCGACAGGUGUGCGUGUGUGUGCUUGGGUUUGACUUUUCCGAAGUUCCGCUUGCCUUUGCAUCACCUUUAAUAUGCACACACACACACACACACACACAUGCAAAUGUGGAGAAGCACAAUGGCCCAUGUGCUUAGCUCACACACACACACACACACACACGUAGGAGCUUGCACAAUAUACAGAUGGAUUUGAGCGAACGGAAUUGGGGGCUACAGCAGGUGGUCCGUGAGAAAUAAAUGUUAGGUUUUUACAAAUGAAGGAUUCCAAGAAGCAUUUCACAAAUACAAAGUGUUUAGUUCAACGCCGCGCAAAGGUUAGACGUGCUCAAAAGCAGCACAGCCACAGUUUCACAUAAGCACCCAUCCCUGCUGUUAUUUUAUAUGCUUGUGGCUCGCUCGUACGCCAUCAUACUAAACAGUACUUUUUAUUAAGACAGUAACGCAGAGAAAUAUGCAUUUCACUCGCUGUUUUUCCCGCAACACUAAAUUGAAUUGACAGUAAUAAAUGUAACUUUUGUUACACACUCUCUUAGCGUUUUGUCAGGCUGGGAAGGAGUCACCACAAGUGCAAAUUCAUCUUUGUGACCAGAUUGGCUAUCGGCAUCACUGCUCUGGGAAACCUCUUGUCCUCUAAAGGCCAAGAAUAAAGAUGAAGUAUUGCAAUAUUAAUGACCUUAAAUGCACACUUCGGUCAAGACCUUUAACUAUUGAUCUUUGUUAGACGAAGUCUUUAAGCCAACAUUGACUCAUUUGGUAACAUUAGUGACGUAAACGUAUUUAAUGCCAAUCUGUUGAUUUCAUCAUUUAACCUCAGUUUUAUUUAUAACCUAAAAAAGUCCAACAAAGGACUCUCAGGCCUCCGUUUUCGUAGACAGCGCAUCUGCGGUGGAGCGCAAAUGCCGGCGGAUUCGGAUUUUCCAAGCUGGGCGUUCUGGCGACACACAACGAGGGUGUGUCCUGAGAGACGCGCCCGCUGGAGUGACAAAUUGGUGGCAGAAAGUCGAUCUAAACUUACGCCUCUCCUGGCGCAAGCUAGACCACUGGUCUAAUGGGAGUUCGGUGAAUUUAAUCAGAGUGCAGGCAGACCGAUAUUGAGGUCCGCGGACACAUUUAAGCAGCCGGCGCUCGUUCACCUACUCGGUCUGUGUUUAACGAGGGUACCCGCUCACAUCGUCUGCUGCCGCACUGGCCAAAACACGUGGAUGGGCGCGAUUACGCAUCGUCCGCUUGAGACGUCUCCGUCGAGCCUGUCAGUUGAGCCACAUUUAAAGGGGAUGAGAGGAGCCGCUUUGAUGGGCAGUGACUGAAGUUGGCUGGAAACACUCCCACAGUGGCGCAGCCGCCCACGCUGGCACGCUCUCGCCUACGAAAUGACCCACACCGGGCUAACCUGCCCCGGCACACAGUUGCGCCGCGCCACAUGAACGCCGGUCACGAAAUAGGGCCCUUGGUGUUUUUCUCUCAAAGACACAAACUCGGCUUCCUUUUAAGUCUUUUCUUUCUCGUCCCACAAACGCUUGCAAGCGCCCGCCCUGUGUCGCCAUGACAAUCUGCAUUAUCAUCAUCAUUCCCACCAUCUCCAGUGGAGUUGCUAUGGUUACUGUACAAUGUGGGUUUAGAAAUGUCUUAAGAUAGAGUGAGAGGCAGCAGAGAUCGGUGAAGAUGGAUGGUUUGUUUGAGCAAGAUUAAGGACGUACUCUCUGAUGCAACUGGCUAUUGACCGAUACUCUUCCAAUGACUAUAUUUAUAAUCGAUCAUUUUUAGGAGCACGUGGUGCGAAAAUAAUUCACUUGCAGUGUAAAACUGCUGGAGUAGCGCUUUAAAUUGCUUAAUCCAACCCGAAACUGAUUCCAAGCCAAAUGUUCAUGGUCCCAAAGCAGCCACCCUCCUUCUUCAGAGAAUAAUUGUGCUAUUUAAAUCACAUAGAGAUUCUAAUAUAUAUAUAUAUAUAUAUAUAUAUGGAUAUCUGCAACAAAAAUAGAAUUGUAUUUAUGGUGUAUGUGUCAACCUGAAGACUAUUUUUCAAAGUUAACAGAUCUAAUCUGAGUGUUGAAUUAAGUUGCUUCUCCAUGCUUCAGUGGUGCGAGCUGAUGACUUUUCGUACGGUUGCUUGUUGGGAUGUCGUUUUUGCCUACGUGUAUUCUAUUGUCCCACUGUAGCGAUGUGUGUAUAAUACAAGCAACACUUCUUCUUUAACUCUUUUUCAUUUGGAUUUCAUGAAUGGCAGUUGUGUUCCUUUGAAACAUGUGCCUUGCUUUGUGUUUUUGCUCUGACUUUUAGUACACUAUAUGCGUAUAUGAACCAUAUUCCUCCAUUAAAUUAAAUUAAUAUGUCAGCUUCUCACCUUCUCCUAUACAAUCAAUAUUUGACGUGGUUUUUUUUUAUCUGACCUAAAAGGACCAUGAUGACAAGCAUGCCCUUUUUCAUCUUCAGAAACUAAUUUAAUCCACUCUACUUGAGGGUCACUUCACCUUUUAAACAAAAAAGUCGAAACAGGCCCAGAGUAAACAUAAAUGGUGGAAUCGUCAGUAAGUAUGUUGAUUGCUAAUAUUAACUUCUUUGACAUCCCAAACAUUAAAAUGUUCCUCAAUGUAUGAUAUUUAUUUUGUUGUUGUUUCCCCCCCCAAAUGCAGGUUAAACAAAUGUACUGUACCCAUCAAACGUGUAGAAAGGGAAACUCCGACUUGCCAUGUCCAUGCCAGUGACCUUUCACCUGGUGCAGCUGCAGCUCUCAGUUAGGCGGUGUUUGUUUUCUAAUAUUGAAUAUGUUCUGCUCAUUGUGCUCAUCUGUUUUUUUUGGUUUUUUUUGUUGUUGUUUUUUUUGAAGGCAUGUUGGGGUUGGAGUGUUUUGGGUUUUUUUUGGGUUAAAAAGACAGAUGGUGACAUUUGAUUUCUGUUCUUGAAAAAAAAAAAAAAAAGAGCCAAGCCGUUUAAAAUAGAUUUCCUGCCUGUGCUGAUAUGAACAGAUGCCAGACUGGUGUGACGGACAGGAGGCCGAAUGUGUGUGCGCGUUUUUUGUUGCUCUGCUUUUGUGUGAAACGCGCGUGAGACUAGUGUGUGCGUGCGUGUGUGCGUGAUCGCGUGCGUGCGUAUGUUGCAGUGAGUGGACAGUGGUUGGUGUGCUUGCAGUGACUGCAUCGUACGGCCAUCAGCUCUAAAUAAA